GCCAAAAACACUUAUACCGAUCUGUUAGUUGAAGAAAUCAAUAUGAAGAAGUGGAAGCUUUGGAAGAACAUUUUUGAUGACAAACUGCCAUCAAGUGCAGAGCCGUCAAGUGAAGCAACAAGUGGCUUUGCAGGCAACGAGAACAAACAAGAGAGCUCUGAGGUGACUAAGAGCAACAUUUUAUGCAGCAGCACAAGUUGCUACCUCAUUCAGGAUCUCAUAGGUGAAGGCUCCUUUGGCAAAGUUACCAAGGGUGUCAAUUUAAUCACAUCGCAGGACGUGGCCCUCAAGAUCCUGAAAACUGAGGACACCGUUGAAAGAGAGAUCAAAAUGCUCGAUGUUGUGAGCAUCCUGGACCCGGUUGAGAAGAGCAUAGUUCGAUUCUAUGAAAUGUUUGAACAUAAAGGACAAACCUGUCUAGUAUUUGAAAUGCUAGACAGGAGCCUUUUCCAGCUCUUCAAGGAACGACAGGGGAUACCACUGUCUCUAAACGAGAUACGGCCAAUAACGCACCAGCUGCUAACGGCCUUUGAUGCCCUGAAGGGCAUUGGGGUCGUUCACUCUGACCUAAAGCCUGACAACAUCAUGCUGGCGAAUCACCCGAGUGAGCCCUUCAGGAUCAAGGUGAUAGAUUUUGGCGUGUCUUUCAAGACCUCCGAAAACACACGAGGGAUGACGAUUCAGCCUCUGGGUUACAGGGCACCAGAAGUCAUCCUGGGCCUCCCCAUCACCGAGGCCAUCGACAUGUGGGGUCUUGGUUGUGUGCUUGGAUUUUUGUACCGUGGCAGACACCUGUUCGCAGACUGCGAGUACCAGUCUGUAAGUAAACAAGUCUAUCUAGAUUUAAUAUGA